AUGGCUAAACAUGUCCCAGCUAAACCUGGUUCAUGUAUCGCAAGUAUUUUGAAUAACCGCUACAAUAAUGGUUCGCUCGAAGCCUUCCGGAAAUUUCAGCGUCUGGAGAUGAAACUUGGAAAAGCCAAACUGGAUUUAGAGUUCCUAAAGAACUGUAAAAAACGUUCG